UAUUCGGCAGCCGAGGACGGGGCUUUGCAAGGCCGUACUCUCGGCGUUUUGGGUUGUUUCCGCUGGAGGGCGGUCGGAGUUUCCGGUGCAUCCCGGGAAAGUACGCGGUCCGAACCGGCUUCCUUCUCUGCGACUUUAGGAGGCAGCCGUUGCCAUGACGACCCAAGCAAGUUUGGUGGCAAACCGAGGCCGGCGUUUCAAAUGGGCGAUUGAGUUGAGCGGCCCCGGGGGAGGCAGCAGGGGCCGAAGUGAUCGGGGCGGUGGCCAGGGAGAUUCCAUGUAUCCAGUGGGUUAUCUGGACAAGCAAGUACCAGAUACCAGCGUUCAGGAAACAGACCGAAUCCUAGUAGAGAAGCGUUGCUGGGACAUUGCCCUGGGUCCCCUCAAACAGAUCCCGAUGAACCUUUUCAUCAUGUACAUGGCAGGCAACACUAUCUCCAUCUUCCCUACCAUGAUGGUGUGUAUGAUGGCUUGGCGGCCCAUUCAAGCACUUAUGGCCAUUUCAGCCACUUUCAAGAUGCUGGAGAGUUCAAGCCAGAAGUUCCUGCAGGGAUUAGUCUAUCUCAUUGGGAACCUCAUGGGGUUGGCUUUAGCUGUCUAUAAAUGUCAAUCCAUGGGGUUGCUGCCCACACAUGCAUCAGACUGGUUGGCUUUCAUUGAACCCCCUGAGAGAAUGGAAUUCAGUGGUGGUGGGCUACUCUUAUGAUCAGGGGAAAACGUGAUUUGGCACCCCUCUCAUAUUUGGAUCUCAUUUGGUUUUUGUCAGUUGUAUCUUCUCAGCAUAUCAGUUUGUUCUGCUUUGCAAAGGUUUUUUUGUGAUGAAAUGAAGAAUGAGUUCUUUUCUCAAAGGUAAAAAAGAACAAAGUGUAGAGUCAGCAUAGCAACGAAGAAAAACUACGGAGAUGCUCCUGGCUGAAAAUAAUGUAAAAAAACUUUAUUUAUGAUUCUAAUACAGAGCAAAAACAUCAAAACCAUAAUUCCAUGUAAACAAAAGAGUGGCUGCUUCAGCCUCUCCUCUCAAUAAAUUAAACUACUCAGAACAGCUCUUGAGAAAGAGAACAAA